ACAGCUGAUUAUGUUUUUGAGAUUCAGCUGUAGCCGAAUUUAUGAACUUGUCUGCAUGAAAGGUCAGGGAAUUUAGAUUUUAUUUGUUUAAAAUAAUGGCUUCACAAUUAUUCAGAUUUGCUGUAAGGAAUACUACUCAGCUUCCUAAAAUAUUUUCUGGUAAACAAUUGUUACAAACCUGUAUUCGAACAGCGACCACAUCCGUAAGUGGAAGUUCACAAGGAUGUGAUAUUCCAGAAAUCAAGCCCACUUCACCAGAACAAAGAGUGACAAUUCGCAAAUACGACGCUGAGUUGCGUGAACGUCUGACCGAUUUCGGUCGCUAUGUGGCCGAAUGUCUGCCGCGUUACGUGCAGAGAGUUCAGCUGACCUGUGGAGAUGAGUUGGAGAUACUGAUAGCACCGGAGGGCAUUUUGCCUGUCAUCAUGUUCCUCAGGAACCAUCACAACGCCCAGUACACCAAUAUCACCGACCUGGCUGGCAUGGAUGUGCCUAGCAGGAUGUAUCGUUUCGAGGUGAUCUACAACCUGUUAUCAGUCCGCUACAACAGUCGGAUCCGGGUGAAGACCUACACUGACGAGCUGACACCUGUGGACUCGAUCUGCGACAUCUUCAAGGGUGCCAACUGGUACGAGCGCGAGGCCUGGGACAUGUACGGCAUCUCUUCAGCAACAUCCGACCUGAGGCGCAUCCUCACCGACUACGGCUUCGAGGGUCAUCCGCAGCGCAGGGACUUUCCGCUCAGCGGAUAUGUCGAGGUGCGUUAUGACGACGAACGUAAGCGUGUAGUGGCCGAACCAGUGGAGUUGUCACAAUUCCGCAAUUUUGACCUCUCGAAUCCGUGGGAACAGUUCCACUACCGAGAUGCCCCACCGGCAGCCGAGAAAUUCCCAUCGAUACUGCCUAAGAAGUAGACUUUCCCGACCCCAUCUAAUGUUUCAGUAACUAUAUAAAUACUAUGUUAUGUAACUACAAAAUGAAAAAUAUUUGAAAAUCAUGUUCAAAUUUAUAAUUACUAUGUUAUGUAACUAAAAAAAUGAUAAACUAUUAGAAAAUCA